CGACUAAUACAAUAAAUAAUCUAAAUCGACUAAAAAUCGAAUCGAGUCACAUCACUAAUAAAAACAAAACAGCGAAGAAGGUGCAGCAAACAAAGUUGGAAGCGCUUUUGCACGCUGCAAAAGAGAUAAAGUUGCGGUACAACAUAAUGAACAGUGAAGCCACAUUAGUGCAGGCGGGACAGGGACAAGAUGUCCACAGUGCAUCCGUCUCCUCUCCACCGUCCCUGGCUGCCACCACUGUUGCCACCUCAGUGAUGGAUCCAUAUACAAACACCGACUUCUACAUUGGAGUUGGCUUGGCUGUAUCCUCGUGUUUUUUCAUCGGCUCCAGCUUCAUCAUCAAGAAGAAGGCUCUCCUGAGACUCAGUCGGCAUGGUGAGGUGCGGGCGGCGGCGGGAGGAUUUGGUUAUUUACGUGAAUGGAUCUGGUGGGCGGGUCUCUUAACAAUGGGAUUGGGCGAAGCAGCUAAUUUCGCGGCUUAUGCAUUUGCGCCCGCUUCUCUUGUGACUCCCCUCGGGGCCUUGAGUGUGAUUAUAUCGGCGGUGAUGGCAUCGAAAUUCCUCAAUGAGAAACUUAAUCUCCUAGGGAAAAUUGGCUGUUUUCUGUGCAUCAUUGGCUCGACAAUAAUUGUGAUACACUCGCCGAAGGAAAAGGAGAUUGAGGAUCUGCAGGUGUUAUUCGAAAUGCUGCAGGAUCCGGUGUUUAUACUCUAUGUGAUCUGUAUCUUUGGAUCGAGUGCGUUUGUGGCAUGCUUUGUGGCACCGCGACAUGGACACACCAAUGUCUGUGUUUACAUCUUUCUGUGCUCUGGAAUUGGAUCCUUGACGGUGAUGUCCUGUAAGGCAUUGGGCCUGGCCAUUAGGAGCACGAUUGCCAAUGGCUCGAAUGUGUUUGGCACUUGGAUGCCAUGGUUCCUCAUUGUGGUCACCGUCACCUUUAUUGCCAUACAAAUGAAUUAUUUGAACAAAGCCCUCGACAUAUUUAAUACGAGCAUUGUCACGCCCGUUUAUUAUGUGAUGUUUACAACUCUGGUGAUCACUGCAUCUGCCAUAUUGCUAAAGGAACUGAAUCACAUGAAGUUCGAGAAUAUCCUGGGUGAUGUCUGCGGAUUUUUGACUGUAAUCACGGCUGUCUUUAUGCUCAAUGCCUUCAAGGAUGUCGACAUCACAUUGAGUGAUGUUCGAGGUUUAAUGCGCCCCAAAAUGCAGCGAGUUUCGGAGUACGAUGAGGAAGUUCUGGUCAGCAGCAAUUUAAAGGAGCGUCGUUUCUCAUACGGUUCAAGCGAUCUCUUUCGCAAGGCAUGACACAAACAGCGCUAUCAAGUUUAGUUAUUUCCCAUGACCCAAACUUGAAACAAUCCAAAAAAAAAAUAACACAUAUCCCAUUUUAUUGUUCCUUCAUCUUGUUAAACACACAUUCUUUAAAUUAAGCCCUAGCAUUUUAAGUGUAUUGUGAAACUGAAGAGUAUUUUGGAAAUUGUAUAUAUUUUAACUUAUGUAAUAUACGAAUUAUCCCUUGCCACUUUA